ACACACACACACACACAUACACACACGCACGAACGCGUACACACGCUCACGUGCACGCGCGUGGUCACACACACACGCGCACACACACCUUCAGGGCUGAGGAGUUGCUGAGGCCGGACUCUCAGCUCCACAUUCACUGUGUAUUUGACUGAAAGUGAUUAUUAUGGCAGAAGAGAAGUAAAAAGAGGAGAUUUAUUGGAUUGAGGAAAUUAGUGUUAAUGAUCGGGAUGAUGGAUGCGCAGAGCUGGAGCACGCGAAAGUGGCUUUGGCAUCGCGGUAUAUCGACUCUCUUCACAGUAUCGGUGUUCCUGCAGACUGCGUGUGUGAGAGCAGCCGAGCCAGUGGACGUGCUGAAGGUUUUGGACUUUCGCAGUUCUCCAGAGGGAAUAACCAAAGUGCAGGGACUCUGUCCUGUCAGGAGAGGAUCCAAACCCGAUGUGGCGUACAGAGUGGACAAAAAGGCGCAGAUCAGCACUGCGACGAAAAAACUCUUCCCAGCCGGAGUAUUUCCUGAAGAUUUCUCCAUCCUCAUGACCAUAAAGCCCAAAGCGGGAACUCAGGCCUUCCUCUUAUCAGUGUAUGAUGAUAAGGGACUGCAGCAGAUCGGGGUGGAGAUCGGACGCACUCCAAUCUUCCUGUACGAAGAUCAGCACGGAAAACCCACGCCGGAAAAUUAUCCGUUAUUCCGAAACAUUAACCUCUCUGAUGGGAAGUGGCAUCGUGUGGCGAUCAGCGUGGAGAAGAAAUCCAUCACCAUGAUCGUCGACUGUAAAAAGAAAAUCUCAAAGCCUCUGGACAGAAGUAAAAAACCUGUAAUCAGCACAGACGGCAUCACGGUGUUCGGCACCAGGAUCCUGGAUGAGGAGGUGUUUGAGGGAGACAUCCAGCAGCUGCUGUUGGUGGAAGACGCCCGAGCUGCGUACGAUUACUGUGAACAUUACAGUCCCGAGUGUGGAACGCCACAUCAGGAAACACCACAGGCUCAGGAACCCGAGGAGGAGUACACCACCGAAUACACCGAUUAUUACGACUACACAGAGGGAGAACUCGGAACUACUGAGGUUCCUGUCGAGGAGACGAGAACUGACAUCAAGCCCAGCACAGGGGAGGAGGAGUACUUCACCGAGACCGGGCUGGAUUAUGGCACUGUGGACGGAUCCGAGCCCCAAACCACAGCAGCAUCACCUGUUAAAUCUGAGGAUGUGGCGUAUGAGGAGGAAAUUGUGGAUGAUUACAUCACCGGGGUGGAGCAGGUGGGCGUGGACUCGCCUUCCACACCUGUGGAAACCAAAACCAUGGAGACGGUAGAGGGUGUAGAGACGGUAGAGGGUGUGGAGGGUGUGGAGGGUGUGGAGACGGUAGAGGGUGUAGAGGGUGACAUGACAUCCUUCAAAGAGUACGACAUGAGCGAGUUUGAGACGAAGGAACUGGACCCGAGUCACUAUGACGACGGUUUCUAUGACUACGGGACAAUAACCCCGGGCCCUGACCCCGAGCAGGAGCAUGAGGUGGAGAUGCCUGCAGAGACUGGCAAAUCAGAGGGUAGAACUGCUGGUGGUUAUGGAGGUGAGAAAGGACAGAAAGGAGAACCUGCUGUCAUCGAGCCGGGAAUGCUAAUAGAGGGACCACAAGGACCACCGGGACCUGCGGGUCUUCCAGGCUCUCCGGGAGUUCAGGGCUCUCCCGGUCUCCGUGGUGAUCCUGGUGAUAAAGGUCCUCCUGGUCGUCCUGGUCUCCCCGGUGCUGAUGGAGCUCCUGGACCUUCAGGAACGGUCCUCAUGCUGCCGUUCCGUGCAGGAGGUGAGGCCUCUAAAGGUCCGGUAGUGACGGCGCAGGAAGCUCAGGCUCAGGCCAUCCUGGCUCAGGCUCGGCUGGCGAUGAGGGGUCCGCCCGGGCCUGUGGGGUUAGCUGGCAGAGCUGGUGCUAUGGGUAAUCCUGGAGCACCUGGUCUUAAAGGAGAUAGUGGAGAAUCUGGUCCCACUGGUCCGAGAGGACUGCAGGGUUCCACAGGGCCCCCGGGGAAGGCAGGGAAGAGGGGUCGUUCAGGAGCCGACGGGGCGAGAGGAAUGCCAGGAGAGACGGGAGGAAAGGGAGAUCGAGGCUUUGACGGCCUUCCGGGUUUACCUGGAGAGAAGGGGCACAGGGGUGAGUCCGGCCCGAUCGGACCCCCGGGAUCUCCUGGAGAUGACGGGCCAAGGGGAGAGGAUGGACAGAUCGGACCGAGAGGACUGCAGGGAGAAAGUGGUCCUAGAGGUUUACUCGGCCCACGAGGAUCUCCAGGUUCUAACGGUCAACGUGGUCUUCCCGGAUUGGAUGGGCCGCCCGGUCCUAAAGGGAACAUGGGACCAUCAGGAGAAGCAGGACCACCCGGUCAGCAGGGUAACACCGGCCCCCAGGGUUUACCGGGACCUCAGGGCCCAAUCGGACCUCCUGGAGAUAAAGGUCCUGCUGGGAAACCGGGACUGCAGGGUUUAGCUGGAGCUGACGGUCCUCCUGGUCAUCCAGGGAAAGAGGGAUCGGCGGGAGAGAAAGGAUCUGUUGGUCAUCCAGGACCUCAGGGGUCUAUCGGCUACCCCGGACCACGAGGAGUCAAAGGAGCUGAAGGAGUUCGUGGGUUGAAAGGUGGUAAAGGGGAAAAGGGUGAAGAUGGUUUCCCAGGGUUUAAAGGUGAUAUGGGACUCAAAGGGGACAAGGGGGAGUCUGGAGUACUCGGACUGAGGGGAGAGGACGGACCGGAGGGACCGAAGGGAAAAUCCGGACCAUCUGGAGAAGCUGGACCCAUGGGACUGGCUGGAGAAAAGGGUAAACUGGGAGUUCCUGGAUUACCUGGAUAUCCUGGACGACAGGGUCCAAAGGGUUCUACCGGUUUCGCCGGUUCUGCUGGAGCCAGUGGAGAGAAAGGAGCGAGGGGACUGGCUGGUAAAGCAGGGCCGAGAGGACAGCGCGGACCGACGGGUGCUCGCGGUAGCCGAGGAGCGAGAGGACCGACGGGAAAACCAGGAGCGAAGGGAACAUCGGGACACGACGGUCCUGCUGGAGGUCCUGGAGAAAGAGGACCUCAAGGACCACAGGGGCCCGUUGGGUUGCCGGGACCUAAAGGUCCAAACGGACCACCUGGUAAAGACGGACUGCCGGGACACCCAGGACAGAGAGGAGAAACUGGUUUCCAAGGAAAGACGGGGCCCCCUGGUCCUGGAGGAGUCGUCGGUCCACAGGGUCCUACAGGAGAAACCGGAUCUGUGGGUGAGAGAGGACACCCCGGUUCCCCAGGACCCCCCGGAGAGCAUGGUCUUCCUGGAGCGGCGGGUAAAGAGGGUGGAAAGGGUGACCCAGGCCCUCAGGGUCCUGCUGGAAAGCCCGGUCCUCCUGGUAUCAGAGGUUUCCAGGGUCUGAGAGGUCUUCCUGGAACACCGGGUCCAGGAGGUCUGAAAGGUGGUGAAGGUCCUCCUGGUGUGCCAGGGCCCAAUGGCUCUCCAGGUGAGAGAGGAGGUGCUGGACCCGGCGGUCCGAUCGGAGUACCAGGUCGAAACGGACCUCAAGGACUCCCGGGACCUGCUGGAGAGAAAGGUGGUCCGGGUGAUAAAGGUCCUGCUGGUCCCGCCGGUCGUGAUGGUAUUCAGGGUCCAGUCGGACUUCCUGGAGCUGCAGGACCUCAGGGACCACCUGGAGAGGAUGGUGAUAAGGGAGAAGUCGGAGAACCGGGACAGAAGGGUGGCAAAGGGGACAAGGGGGAAUCAGGUCCUUCUGGUCCAGGUGGUCUUCAAGGUCCAAUUGGCAAUCCAGGUCCUGCUGGCACUGAUGGUGAAGCUGGACCACGAGGUCAGCAGGGAAUGUUCGGCCAGAAAGGAGACGAAGGGCCUCGAGGAUUCCCCGGACUGCCAGGACCCGUCGGCCUGCAGGGAUUACCAGGACCUCCAGGCGAGAAGGGAGAGACGGGUGACGUCGGUGCAAUGGGUCCUCCUGGUCCUCCAGGUCCCAGAGGUCCUCAGGGUUCCAGUGGAGCCGAUGGUGCUCAGGGACCUCCCGGUGGUAUCGGCUCUAUGGGAGGAAACGGAGAAAAGGGUGAGACGGGUGACGCGGGAAACCCAGGACCUCCUGGAGAGACCGGUUCAAUGGGUCCAAAAGGUGAAGUGGGUGAGAAAGGAGAGACGGGACCACCCGGAGCUGCCGGACCCGCAGGACCACGAGGACCCCCUGGAGAUGACGGUCCUAAAGGAAACCUUGGACCUGCUGGCUUUCCUGGAGACCCAGGUCCUCCUGGUGAGCCUGGCGCUGGUGGACUCGAUGGUCUUCCUGGAGAUAAAGGAGAGGACGGAGAAGCCGGUCAGCAGGGACCCCCGGGUCCAUCAGGUGAAGCCGGACCUCCUGGACCUCCAGGAAAGAGAGGCUCGCUCGGACGGACAGGACCCGAGGGCAAGCAGGGAGAAAAAGGUUCUAAGGGUGAAGCCGGAGCUGAAGGACCAGCUGGGAAAACCGGGCCUGUUGGACCUCAAGGGCCUCCUGGAAAGUCCGGUGCUGAGGGUCUGAGAGGAAUUCCCGGACCUGUGGGUGAACAAGGACUUCCUGGUGCAGGGGGUAAAGACGGCCCGCCGGGUCCACUGGGUCCUCCUGGGCUCCCCGGGUUGAAAGGUGAUCCCGGUUUUAAAGGCGAAAAGGGUCAUCCUGGUCUGAUUGGUCUGAUCGGGCCUCCAGGUGAACCAGGUGAGAAAGGAGAUCGAGGUUUACCUGGAGUUCAGGGACUAUCCGGAGGUAAAGGUGAUGGUGGUGGUGUCGGUUCUUCCGGUCCUGUUGGUCCUCCUGGACCUCCUGGUAUUCCUGGAACACAAGGACAAAAAGGAUCCAAAGGAGCGAAUGGUCCAGCGGGUCAGAAAGGAGACCCGGGUUUGAUCGGCCCUCCUGGACCUCCUGGUCCUCCAGGUGACAUGAUCCAGUCGCUGCCCAUUCAGAUGUCCAAGAAGGCGAAGCGUUCUUCAGACGUCCAGGCCGACGAGGCCGUGAUGGAUUACGGUUUGGAGGGAAUGGAGGGAAUGGAGGGAAUGGACGAAGUCUACGGCUCCCUCAAUAACCUGAAGCUGGACAUCGAACGUAUGAAGUUCCCUCUGGGCACGCAGGACAAUCCGGCCCGGACCUGUAAAGACCUGCAUCUCAGCCAGCCCGACUUCCCCGACGGUGAAUAUUGGAUCGAUCCUAACAUGGGCUGUAAGGGAGACUCCUUUAAGGUUUACUGUAACUUUACAGCAGCAGGAGAGACGUGUAUCUAUCCUGAUAAGAAGUCCGCAGGGGUUAGAAUAUCCAACUGGCCGAAAGAGUCUCCAGGGACGUGGUUUAGCGAGUUCAAGCGCGGUAAAAUCCUCUCAUACGUGGACAUCGAGGAGAACUCCAUCACCGGCGUCCAGAUGACGUUCCUGAAGUUGCUGAGUUCUGCAGCGAGACAGAACUUCACCUACAUCUGCCACCAAUCCGUCGCCUGGUUCGACGCUAAAGCCGACAACUACAACAAGGCUCUGCGCUUCCUCGGCUCCAACGACGAAGAAAUGUCACACGACAACAACCCCUUCAUCAAGGCCGUGUACGACGCCUGCUCGCAAAAGCAGGGCUAUGCUAGAACCGUGCUGGAGAUUAACACUCCGCGCAUCGACCAGCUGCCCAUCAUCGACGUCAUGCUGAAUGAUUUCGGAGAUCCCAGCCAGAGAUUCGGCUUCGAGGUCGGGCCUGUCUGCUUCCUCGGGUAACAGCCUUCCUUCAGCCUGGUCGUACUGGGACGCUUCGAGACGUGUGGACGGCUGCCACACACACACACACACACACACACACACACACACACUUUUGCUGGCUGAUAAAGACUGUGUUAUCAUCAUGGGAAUGUUCAGCGCCCUUGUGGGGCCGACAAGACGAGACUGAAACCAGCAAUCCGAGGACCAACGUGAAGAAAAGACAUGAACUGGUGAAUAACGGUGCACUUUCAAACUAAAAAAAAAAAACGAAAUGGAUUCCUCUGGGGUUUUUUCUGUUCCACCAACGCCACUUCUUUUCCCAGUUUUAAUCCCACUAUCAAAUUAACUUCUAAUCCUGAUAUUUUAUUUCUAAUCCCACUGAUCAUAGACCUCAUCAUAAUCUUAAUUCCUGUUUUAAACUUCCAUCGUAAAACCAACUCCCUCAAUUUAAUCCCAGUAUUUUAUUCCAAUUCCAAUAUUGGGAAUUUAUUUCCAGUCCCAGUCCUAAUCUUAAUCCCAAUCCCACUUACCUUUGUUCCUUUUGUUUCUUUAUUCUUCCUCCAGGUCUUUUGGUUCGCUCUUGAUAUAUAUAUAUAUAUAUAUAUAUAUAUAUAUAUAUAUAUAUAUAUAUAUAUAUAUAUAUAUAUAUAUAUAUAUAUAUAUAAAUGAAAUUUUACGGUGCUAUAGAACGUGCAUUUUUAAAAUAUAUAUAUAUAUAAAACUGUAAUUAUAAUUUUGUACAAUAAUGUCUUUUUGAGUCAGCUUUCCUGCAGAAUCUUGCAUGUCUUUAAUCUGAUGACGAUACAGAGAGUUCUUCAGUCUGGAUAUCUAUUUUUAACUUUAAAACAAUUGUCCUGUUCUGAUUAACGCUGGCGGGAUUAAAGCCAGCGUUCGAAAGCAGCCCUACUGUAAAUAUUGACCACUUUUAGACAAAGAGGAGAUUUAUCCGUCUUAUAUGGAUUGUGAAGGAGUAAUUUUCAGAUUUAAAAUCUGUGUAAUAGCUGAUUUUACUUUCAUUUCCCACUAAUGUGUUUAUUUUGUAAGUGGUAGCGUCAAUGCUGUGGUAAUCAGACGUCUGAUGACACGCCAGUGAUGACACAAGAGCGUUUAUAUCAGACUCAAACUCUUUUUUUUAUUUUAUUUUAUUUUGUUUUAUACCUCAACUCUAAGUGGAAGGGAAACAUGUUAAACAGCUCUUUAGUUCCACAUUUUAAUGUUCCACAUUUUAAUGUUCCACAUUUUGCUCUCCGUAGCUGCGUUUCUUUAUCCGAGUUUCUGUUUAAAAACUGAAACUGCGUUCCUGCGCUUCGUAUUUAAGCCUCUGUGGUACAAUGUGGUUUUGUUUUAUUUGCUUUUCUGUCUUUGUCUGAAUAUUGUCUGCAGAUCUGUUCUUGUCCUCGGUUCCCUCCAAAUACAUGACUAUAGGCAUUUAAAAUUUGACACAUUUGUGUACUUUUUUUCUUCUAUAAUUUAUGUAAAACUUGGAAUAAAUGAUUGGUACGAUGUA